AUGAAGGUCAUCUUGUCUGCCUGCGCUCUUUUCGCCUCUCUAUCCGCCGCAGCAAAUUGCCAAUCCGGACUGGAUUACUGCGCGUUUAAUCUGAUGGGAAAAGGCGACUAUCAUGACGAGAUCUACGAUGCCCUCAAACAUGCCGACUGGCCCAUCGACCCUACAAAGGUCAAUUUCGACUACUACCUCUAUCGCUGUCAUGAUGACGGUACAAUCUCGAAGACGGAGAAUUGCCCCUGGGGAUGCGUCGACGGGGGCGACAACAGUGAUGACUCUUGCGAGUAA